CCUGACGACCAGUAAUAACAGCUGCGUCAGGGCAUGUUGUGCGCUGUACUUGGAGAGUUGUCAGUACCGUAGUUAGAUCAGGUAAAAUACAAGAGGCAGACGGAGCGGGAGUGGGAAAAAAAGAGGCUGGUCCAAUUAAUUGUAUUAGUGAAUUUGUUACCAGUAACAUUAGACUAUGAUUUGGUCUUGAUCGUGGGCACCAUUAGGUCUCGAAAAAAAAAAAAGGUCGAGGGUCACACCACACCAAUAGAAGCCAAAAAAAUACUUACAGUACCUUACGAGACUCCCUCUCUCUCGACUCGACUCAGCCAAACCUGACUGAGCCCUCCACUCCAACAAUCCAAUACUCGCUUCGACCCCCCCUCUGCUGGCUGGAGUCUCUACGUACGUACACAACCAAACCCAAACCCAAACAAAACCACCAAAAGCUCUUCCUCUUACAAGGUCAUGCGACCGUAGACCACUCUUCGUCGCCCUCAAGAUUUGAAUUACGCCCCGGACGGAAGGCGAUAAGCCCAAGGCGACGACCAAAGAUGUCGGUUGUCACAAAGAACCCUUUUGCCUACCUCGGCAACGACAGUGACGGCGAGGAGAAGCCCGUCGUUCCUGUCAAGACCGUUGACAAGAACACUGCUCGUACUACUAAGCGUAAUGUCGAGCCCCAGGCUCCCGUGAGGGCCGGUGGUGCUGGCGGUAACCGCCGUGGUCCCGGUGGUAACGAGGGUGCUUUCCGGGAUCGUGGUGCUGGCAGCAACCGAAACCAGAACCGAUCCACUGAGGAGGCUCCUCGUGAUGGUCCCCGAGGCGGUGCCGGUGCUCGUGUCCGUGGUGGACGUGGCGCUAGACACGCCCGUGAGCGCGAUGACCGACACCCUUCCAAGUUCGGCGGCCACGGUGGCUCUGACAAGCAGGCUGCCCAAUCCUGGGGUGCUAACGAAGGCACUGCUGAGCUUAAGGACGAGCAGGCCGGUGAAGCUAUCGCUAAGGACGAGCAAAAGGAUGCCGUUGCUGAGGACGCUGCCGCCGAAGCUGCCGCCGCCGAGGAGGAGGCCGAGAAGCAGGUCUCUUACGAGGAAUAUCUCGCCCAGCAGGCUGAGAAGAAGGCCGCUCUCGACUCCGGUCUCAAGGUCCGUGAGGCCAACGAGGGCAGCAAGCUCGACAAGAAGUGGGCCAACGCCAAGCCCCUCGAGAACGAGGAGGAGGAGUACUUCGCCCCUACCGGCGGCAAGGCCCAGCGCCAGCGCGAGCGCAAGGUCAAGCAAACCAUUGACUUCGACCCUCGCUUCGUCGAGCCUGAGCGCACCCGAGGUGGUGCUCGCGGAGGCCGAGGCGGCCGUGGUGGUCGUGGCGGAGAGCGUGGUGGUGACCGUGGCCGUGGAGGUAACCGCGGCGGUCGCGGCGGUGCUCCUCAGGGAUCUGCUAAGGGCAAUGCUGCUAUUAACACCAGCGACCAGUCUGCUUUCCCCAGCCUCGGCGGCAACUAGAUUGCCUAAGCCCGCGCGCCUCGCACAAGAGAGCGCCCCAAAAAUCCCCUGCUUGCACCCUCUCACGGCAUAGGCAAACACGGGUCAACGUCAUGCAUGUCCCACGCCCUCCCCCUUUUUCCUUUUUUCCCUCAACUCGUCACGAUUAUAAGAAGGGGGUGGAAAGGAUGCCAUAUUCGUUGUUCUUCGACAGGUUGAAAUGAAAAAAAUAAGUUGACCAUUGGUUUUUGUGUCUGGCUGGAUGGUCUGCGUCCAACGGGCAAAGUGCUGCGUGAUAUAGGGAGGAUUUGAGCUCAGAUCUCACUAGCUCUGCUGCACCCAGAAUUAUUUCUGUCCUCUAGGUCUUCUCGAAGGUUUUCCGUACAAAAUUCAUUUGAAAUGCUCUUAUAUCUUUGUUGUCUGAUUGUGAUACGCCUUAAGAUGAAUGCACUAGGGUUGCAACCAAUAGGCAACCUCAACGCCUUUCCUCUAAAACAUAAUAUUUACACAAGUCUGCAAUCCUUUAUAGACAUACUCUACUCAGCCGUGAUUGUGCAUUGCUCGAUUUGCU